AUGGCUUCCCUACACUCGGUUUGGGCACGCGCUAAUGCCUCUAUUCCGUCUGCUUUCGCUGUGUAUAACACCAGCUUCUUGGAUAUCAUCGGUCAAACCCCGAAACUAGACCUGCUUGUGGAAAACAAUGACUAUCCAUUCGCGCACGAAGCAAGCGUGUAUAUCCCGACGUCAGAUGAGCUCUUCAUGUCUAGCAACAUGUUUACCGAUCCCGUCACCAACGAGACCACCAUCAAAGUCUCAAAGGUCAAUCUGAGCAAGCACCCCCUCACAGCGGAGAUCGUGAACACUACCAUCCCAAUGCCAAACGGCGGCAUCAAUCGCGACAAUGGGAUUGUCUGGACUGCCCAGGGUGGUAUGAAUGAUACAGGUGGCCUCUUCCAGAUGUCCACUACAUCGCCAUACAACUCAACCCUCCUGCUGAGUACUUUCUACGGUCGCCAGUUCAAUUCUCUUAACGACGUUGCUGUUGCUCAAGAUGGCGCGAUCUGGUUCACCGACCCUGAGUACGGCUGGCACCAGGGCAUUCGCCCUAAGCCAAAGCUGCCUAACCAGGUCUAUCGCUUUGACCCUGCUACCAAGGAUGUGCGCGUCGUUGCUGAUGGCUUCGGGCGUCCAAAUGGGAUUGCUUUCUCGCCUGAUCAGAAGGUAGUCUACAUCACCGAUACGGCGGAGACCGUUGGUGAUGGCACUAAGGAUAACUCCUUGCCCGCUGCUAUCUAUGCCUUUGAUGUGACCGUUUCGCACGGUCAGCCCUUCUUGUCAAACCGUCGCUUCUUUGCCAUGCCCGGUGAGGGUAUCCCUGAUGGCAUCAAGGUUGACACCGAAGGCAAUGUGUAUGCCGGCUGUGGUGACGGCAUUAACGUCUGGUCGCCUGGCGGCGUUCUUCUCGGAAAGAUCCUUGUCAAGGACGGUGCUUCCAAUUUCUCGUUUGGAUUGAAUGGUCGCAUGUUCAUCCUCAAUGAGAACAAGCUCUACUCGGCCCAGUUGAACCGUCGGGUUCAAGGAACACUUGUGAGAUCCUGA